UCGCGCAAAUUUAGAAUCAAAACAAUCGUGCAUCUUUUGCUCUGUCGAUCAGUUUUUUUGUUUGUUCCGUUGAUUUUUUCAGUUUAUUCAAGAAUAAGUGAUUAAAAUAGUCCCAAAAAUGGCACAACAGAUGGAGAAAAAUGUGGCCUCUGUGGUGACCGCCGACCAGGAAGAGGACGACUGCGGACCGCUGUUAAUCGGGAAGUUGGAGGGCAAUGGUAUUACGUCGGGUGAUAUCAAGAAACUGGCCGAAGCCGGAUUUCACACGGUGGAAGCUGUGGCCUUUGCUCCGAUCAAGCACCUGGUCGCCAUCAAGGGUAUAUCGGAGGCCAAAGCGGAUAAAAUUUUACUGGAAGCCACCAAGCUAGUCCCGAUGGGAUUUACCACAGCCACCGAAUAUCACCAGAAGCGAUCGGAAAUUAUCCAGUUGACGACAGGUUCGCAGGAAUUGGACAAGCUACUCGGCGGAGGUAUUGAAACCGGCAGCAUCACGGAAUUGUUCGGUGAAUUCAGAACCGGCAAAACUCAAAUUUGUCACACGUUGGCCGUCACAUGCCAACUCCCGGUGAGCCAGAACGGUGGAGAGGGAAAAUGUUUAUACAUCGAUACUGAAGGUACCUUCCGUCCAGAACGUUUACUGGCCGUGGCUGAGCGAUACAAAUUGGUCGGAACGGACGUGCUCGAUAAUGUGGUUUAUGCGCGUGCCUUCAACUCUGACCAUCAAAUGAAACUUCUGGUGCAGGCUUCGGCCAUGAUGGUGGAAUCUCGUUAUGCUCUGCUAAUCGUGGACAGUGCCACUGCCCUGUUCCGGACGGACUACAGUGGCCGAGGCGAGCUGAACGCCCGACAGGUUCAGUUGGGAAAAUUCCUGCGAAUGUUGCUUCGGUUGGCGGAUGAGUUUGGCGUGGCGGUAGUCAUUACGAAUCAGGUGGUGGCUCAGGUGGAUGCAGCAGCUAUGUUCACUCCGGAUCCGAAGAAACCCAUCGGUGGUCACAUUUUGGCUCACGCUUCGACGACGCGGCUCUAUCUGAGGAAGGGCCGAGGCGAGACGAGAAUUUGUAAAAUUUACGACUCGCCUUGCCUGCCGGAGAGUGAAGCCAUGUAUGCGAUCAAUGCGGAUGGAAUCGGCGACGUGAAGGAGUGAUUUAUGCAUUUGCUCGGUGAGUGAUUGAAUAAGUAUGAAACGAAACCUUACUUGAGUGUGCGAAUGAAGGACGAGCGAUACUAUCGGAAUGCUUUUCAAACAGCGGCUGUUGAAUUACACUUUUUAUUUAAUUUAAAACUGA